UAAAAAGAGUGAGAAUAACUCACUGUAAUGUGCAGAACCGCGUAGAGAUGGUGCUAUUCAACUCAUUAGUCUAAACCCGGAACAGUGUUGUGGACUGGUUUUUCGCGGGAACUUCCUCAGCUCUGCUGUGCUGUACGUGUGUGUUUAGUGCGCUUCACAUCAGGAAAGAAAUUGCGAUUAGAACAGACUCAACAUUCUCUGAUUAAGCCAUGGACCACAAUGCAAAGAACGAUACAUCACAGCUCAACGGAACACACAGUGAAGGUUUGACAAAGAAGAGGCAGGACUACCUGGAGUGGCCUGAGUAUUUCAUGGCUGUUGCCUUCUUAUCAGCACAGCGGAGCAAGGACCCCAGUUCUCAGGUUGGUGCCUGUAUUGUGAAUCAAGAAAACAAGAUAGUGGGUAUUGGCUACAAUGGCAUGCCCAACGGUUGUGACGAUGACCUGCUGCCCUGGUCUCGCAGUGCUGAUAACAAGCUGGACACCAAAUACCCCUAUGUGUGUCACGCAGAGCUGAACGCCAUUAUGAAUAAGAACUCGGCAGAUGUCAAGGGUUGCACCAUGUAUGUAGCGCUCUUCCCCUGCAACGAGUGCACCAAACUCAUUAUUCAAGCAGGUAUAAAAGAUGUGAUCUAUUUGUCAGACAAAUACCAUGACACUCCAGAAAUGACUGCCUCCAGACGGCUUCUUAACUUGGCGGGCAUCACGUACAAUGGCCUAUGAAGAGGGAAUGAAGGAUGGACAGAGGUGUUCUUGAAACCUCACCAUUGCUGUGCAGAAUUCUGCAUUCUGAAUUCUGAAUGAGAUGAUGAAUUGAUUUGCUCAGGCAUCAGCUGUAUCUGGCUUUGCAUUAAGGAACAUGGGGAGCGAGAGACAAAGCUUUGUGGUUGUUCGUGGACAAAGACUUUGAAUACUUUUGCUGUCAGUAGAGAUUUUAUUUGUAUUAGCCUCUGUUGUUAUAGAGGUUCGAUGAUGAGGAAUAGAUUUUCGCUACAUCCAGCUCAUCUCACACUGAGAGGGAGGGGUUAAUAAAAGAAUAAAGAGAAAAGGAGUGGGUUAGAAAGUGAAUUAAAAAGAGGGAAAAAAAUAAAAGGAAAAGCAGGGAGCAGUCGCAGAAGACAAGGCUAUAAAUGGGGAAAAUAGGGAGUUUGCCACCUGCUGGUUUGGUUCUUCUUGGCAGUGUAUUUUCUCAUGAGAUGUUGGGGCGCUUGGUCCCUGCUGGGAUUGCCUUAUGGAGGGGGGUUACUGCUUGUGUUCUCU